CCACCAUGCCUGAGAUCCGGGAAUGCGUCACCGACGAAGUGAAGGUCACUAUCUUCAUUUCGAACGAAGACGGGUCGAACCGCACCGUCCUAGCGCUAUACUAUGACUGUACCAUUGGCGAGGGCAAACGUGCGCCGGCGGGCUCUCGAGCUCGACAAGGGCAUGUCACCGAGCUUCAGUCAAGCUCCACUGUCGUCCGCGGACAGCGCGUCAGCCAAACUUCCUUAUACCCAACGCCAUAUAGGGAUCCUUCCAACAUCCCCAUCAGUCAGCAUGGCCUUGUUCUUCAGUCAGCGGAAGCAACGCCGCGCUCGCUCAUCCUCUCGUUCGCUGCUGCUAAUGGAGAUGAGCUAUGGUGCGAGGUUCAGCUCUUUCAGCACACGCUCACGCAGAUCUACACUAUUGAUGAAUGGGACAACGCGGUAAUGCAGAUCCCUUGUCGGACAGAGAAGGGAGUGGAGCCGCGCGGCUUUCGCGUCUCUCUUGCCUUUCGGUUUGCAAACCACGUUCUCUCGUUUAAUUCUCUCGACAACAUAACUCAGUUUCACUGGGCGCGCCGUCGGGCGGAUCUUCCGCGCAAGGUUCUCGACGUUCGAAAGGAUGGCCAGUUUGAAGUCCUGCUGCAGAACAUCGCUGCGUGGGUGCAUGAGCGCCGUCAUUGCCAUAGCGCACAUGAGCGACAACAUCCGGCCAUCAACUCCUUGCGAAGCGCUCAGAAUCCGGACAAGACCCCACUCUUCCCUGGGCUUGGCGUCUACACAACGUCGGAGGUGUGGUUCUCUGCCGGUUUGCCACCCAACCUGACUGAGGAGGAACUGUGCGACGAGCCGGAUCGCCUGGCUCGUCUCAUCUCUGCAUACUAUCAUUUCGUAGUGGAUGCGCAUCCGCGCAUGAAGGCGUUCAUCCGACCUUACCUUCAUGGAUACCUGCUCGCUGUCGACGCCAAGCGCGAUCGUCGUGCUUAUGAGCAGGGCUGUCUUCGCGUUUAUGGAUGCGAUGCGGUAGGUGUCACGCACCGUUAUGGAGUUGCUGUAACAGACGCCAUGGCGUUUUGGGCCAAAGCGAAUGCUGAGCGAAGCGAGACGCCUCAUGCUGACGUCGUCAGAAGUUGGUUACGGACCCGCGACCAAUGCCCCCACGAUCCCUUCGAGCCCAGCUAUGUUCGCCAUGCUCUGGAGCUGGCAGGCUCCUGCAAUCUAGGCGCAGUCAUUUUUGGGCUUGAACACUGGCGGCGUCUAUGCCUUGACGCAGGCCUGCCCUCUGACUGUAUCUCCACCGCAAAUCCAAUAUGGCGCUUGUUCAACAAUCCGGCAGAGGUCGCUUGGCUGCGCGAGCAUGGUCGCGAGCCCUCUGCCUUGCGUGCAUGGCUCAACAUGGACCUUUACGACACUCUGUUUUCCAACGCGCGCAACACCGACUGUCGUCUCCGCACUGAAGUCUACAACUUCAACUGCGACUUCUGGUCAUGUAUACCGGCAUAUCCCCAUCUUAGUAUGCCCACAGGACAUCCCUUGGAUGUUUCUCGUGUUGCGGCAGCAAGGAGGAAGCUUGCUGCUGAUGCUCAAGCGCUCGCAGACCAACAGAAGCGACAACAUGAUGUAGAAUGUGCUCGCAAACUGGCGAUUACAUCCGGCAAUAGUGCGCUCCCACCGAGGCGAGGAGGCCAAGCUGGCACCGCCGUUGUCGCUCCUGACGAUGGUACCACGUGGCGCUCUUUCUACCAGGAUCCCUUGGCGCCGGUGCAGGGGAGUAAGACCGGGUUCAAGUUCGAGGGACAACAGCGUCAGACGCGCCUGAUUCAGUACAUCACCGAGUACCACUACAAGAAGUACACGGUCGGCCCCCUUGACUUCUGCGGAGUGGCGCGCAUAGUGCGGAGUGGCAAGUCGCAGUUCUUCAUGGUGUGCGAGCGCGACCCCCGUGUUCCCCAGUUUAUUCAGCGUCGUCGCCUACUGGCUAUCUCCACUGCGCUAUACUCCGCGCACGGGAAUCGCAAGCAUGGCCUACCCGCAGCAGAUGUGCAACGCGUGGAUAAGCAAACACCCUUGCCGCCUUCAAAGCGCAAGUCGGAGUCAGACCUGGAGUUGACCGCAGUUCAGACAGGCGAAGGGAGCGAGAAUCAGAAGCCGGCCAAGAAGAUGAGGCGUAGUGCAGAUCGUGAUCUCGCACUGCUCGCCUCCGUAGGUACAAGUCGUCGCUUACGACGAUCGAAAGCAUGAGAUUGAACUUGCAGUAGAUAGUUUUUUCUUGAUGUAAUAGCGUGUCGAUUGCAAGCGCAUACCUCCCCUCCCCAAAUGUGUGCAUUAGGUCUGCAGAUAAAUGACUUUCC